CCACCGCAGCGAACGCAGCUCAGAAAUAACAUUGAACAAGAGAAACAGCAGAAGCAAGUGAACGAACUCGAAAAUACGAAAGCAAAGUGUGUGCGCCAGCAACAAAGAAAGAACUAACUUGAUAAAUAUUCAUUGUGCCGAAGAGAAAGUCAUUGAGUCACUCACUCACUCACUCCCAGUUGUGUAAUUCCCGAACGAGAAGAAAGAUAAACCCACAACCACAAUGGCAGUGGCAUUCUACAUACCCGACCAGGCGACCCUGCUGCGGGAGGCGGAGCAGAAGGAGCAGCAGAUCCUCCGCUUGCGGGAGUCGCAGUGGAGAUUCCUGGCCACCGUUGUCCUGCAAACGCUGCGCCAGUACAGUCCAUGUCAUCCGAAGACCGGCAGAAAGUGCGGCAAAUACCGCAAACCAUCGCAGUAAACGUUCGAGUAACUAACAACUGUAGUUGUAUACGGGGAGAACCAAUAGUCCAGUCCAAAAUCCAGAGUACAAAGGAAAUAAGCAUGAGCCAACCCAAAAAACACUCACCACUCAUCAGCCGACGGCACUCGAUUUCUACAGCAGUCAAGGAUACAGCCACAACACCCACCCACUUUUAGUUUACUCAUCAAAGCGAUUGUGAUAAUGGUUUUGUUUCUACGAAAAAUCGGAGGAAAAAUUUGAAGAAAAAAGAAAACAUUUUUUAUGAAGACCCCAAUUUUUUACAAACAUUUUUUAAUGACAAAAAACAACUUCUUUAGAAAUAAUUUACUCUUAAAUCCUAUUUAAAUGAAUUUCUACUGUAAUAGUUUGUAAGUUCUUUUGUAAGACGAGUUUUUCUAAGUUUUUUUAAAGAACAAAACCCAGGAAAAAACGAAAAUGAGUCGAAGUUGGCUAAAAAUUGCAUCAA